AGCAAUUCCAAAACUUGGAGAAGGAAAUUGUAAAGUUCUUUUUAGCAAGCAUGGCGCUUCUCGGCCUCCGCGGUCCCCACGUUGUGGAUGCUGCUGCAGGGUGCUGCCACCACUCCAGUGCCAAGCGCAUCUGCACUGGCCUCCCACGAAGUGCUGCCCACUUGCGGCCUCAUCAGCUGUCCCAUCAGACCCCUAGUGCUUCAUCAUUUUGUCAUCAUAGACGAGCCAGGUCGUCGCUCUCGGUAUCGGCGGCAGCGCAUAGCGUUCAGGCCGGUGCUACCCUGGCUGAGGUGGAUGCGCCAACGGAAAUAUCCCGAGACCAACUAGCAGAGCUUUCAUACAGCGCGCAGUACGAUCGUCUGUUUCAACAGCUGUCGCAGCUGGACACAAAAAAGCCUGUCCCCAAACCAAGCAAGGAGGCUCAGCAGGAGGAGGAUGGAGCCAAAAAGGUGUUGCUGUCGGACGUGUACGCCACCGCAAAGACAACGCUGUUUGGCCGAAGCUGGAAUGGGCAGGACUAUGGGUACACAAUCUUCAUGCUGGUCGUGCACGGGCUGUGCCUUCUUGCACCGUUCACCUUCUCGUGGCCCAUGGUGGGACUCUUCUUCGGCAGCUACUUCAUCACGGGCUGCUUGGGGAUCACGCUCAGCUUCCACAGGCAGCUGAGCCACCGCAGCUUCACGACGCCCAAGUGGCUGGAGUAUGCGCUGGCGUACUGCGGCGUGCUGGCGGUGCAGGGGGAGCCCAUCGAGUGGGUGUCCUCCCACCGCUACCACCACCUGCACACCGACACGCCGCUGGACCCCCACUCCCCCUAUGAGGGAUUCUGGUGGUCCCACAUGGGCUGGCUGCUCAACAACGGGGCAACCCUGGAGAGGGUGGGUUCGCGGGGCAACACAGCCGACCUGGACUCGCAGCCCUUCUACCGCUUCAUCCAGCGCACAUACCCCUGGCACGUGGUGGGCAUGUUUGCCGCGCUGUUUGCCUUUGGCGGCCUCCCUGCGGUGGUGUGGGGCGGAGCCCUCCGCGCCGUCUGGGUCUACCACAUCACCUGGUUUGUCAACUCUGCCAGCCACUGCUGGGGCUACCAGACGUACAACACCGGGGACCUGAGCCGCAACAACUGGUGGGUGGCCGUGUUGGCUUUCGGGGAGGGCUGGCACAACAACCACCAUGCCUUCGAGUUCAGCGCGCGCCACGGCCUCGAGUGGUGGCAAUUUGACAUGACCUGGCAGAUCGUUGCUGCACUGAAGGUUUUGGGCCUCGCAGACAAUGUCAAGCUGCCUUCAGAGAAGCAGAAGAGCCGCCUCGCGUUCUCCUGACUUCAAGAGCCGAUCUAAACUAAAGAAUGACUUGCUGGGCCGCACGCUUCUUUUGGACCCCCUUGGGUGAGUCCUGUGUAGGCCAGGUGUGGUAGAUUCAGUGUACAACAAGCACUCGCUGGGAGAAGAGUGCUGUGUGAAUGACGCGCCCCCAUCGAUUGUGAGCCUGUUUCCAAUAUGAGAGGACAAAUAUAUUCGUUUCUAGUAGUAUUCUUGUGGCCAUACCUGCCAGCAAGGGCAAGCCUGGUCUGCGCCAAAUUCUGCAAAGGGCAUUUUUGCAGGAGAGUCUCUUGAUUUAUCGUGGUGCCACAGUUGGUGUACUCCGGUGUUGUUUGUGGCAUUCUGGGAGGGACAAGGGAGUGGUGGGGCAAUGGUAAAAUUUAUUAUGGAUGCAAGGUUUGCUUCUAGACCUUCCCAUGGCAUUAUUGCAUUGCAAAGCUGUUGCCAGCAGCGCUUUUAGUAUUAAAAGCCAGGCUGUUGGCACGGUGAGUAGAUUCUUUUACGUGCUAUGCACACCAUGAACUGCUUGCUGCCUCUGCUGAGUCUCGCAUCGUUGUGACAGUGGUGCUGUAUCGUCUAGGUUUGCAUGUUGUGUGCUAGUCAUCAUUGUGGAAAGUCAUUAUGGUGAUCAUGUUGUGGACUUGGACAAUGAACGAACAAAAGUUGAGAGUGGUAUUCUUUAGAUCAGUUGUGCAUGGUGCUUUGCAAUAUUGGAAACAUUACAGGAUUUACACUGUUAUUGAUACCAUCCCAGCUGUCUUAGGACAGUUAUCAAUGGUGUGCAUAUUGAAAAUCCUGAAGUUUGACCUC